CGCGCCCCCGGCUGUGCACCAUGCUGGCUGUGCACUUUGACAGGCCCGGCGGACCCGAAGUCCUGCACCUGAAGGAGGUGGCCACGCCGCGCCCCGCGGAGGGCGAAGUCCUGCUGAAGGUGGCGGCCAGCGCCCUGAACCGGGCGGACUUACUGCAGAGACAGGGGCACUAUGCCCUGCCCCCAGGAGCCAGCAGCAUUUUGGGACUGGAGGCAUCAGGACAUGUGGCAGAAUUGGGGCCUGGUUGCCAGGGGCACUGGAAGAUUGGGGACCCAGCCAUGGCGCUGCUGCCUGGUGGAGGCCAGGCGCAGUACGUCACAGUCCCUGAAGACCUGCUCAUGCCCAUCCCAAAGGGUUUGACGAUGCUACAGGCUGCAGCCAUCCCAGAGGCCUGGCUAACUGCCUUCCAGCUGUUACAUCUCUGUGGACACGUUCAGGCUGGAGACUCUGUACUAAUCCAUGCAGGAUCAAGUGGUGUGGGCACAGCUGCCAUUCAACUGGCUCGGAAGGCUGGGGCUAUUCCUCUGGUCACAGCUGGCUCAAAGCACAAGCUUCAAAUGACAGAAAGGCUUGGGGCAGCUGCUGGAUUCAAUUACAAAGAAGAGGACUUUGCUGAAGCAACACUGAAAUUCACCAAAGGUGCUGGAGUUAACCUUAUCCUAGACUGCAUAGGUGGAUCUUACUGGGAGAAGAAUGUCAACUGUCUGGCCCUUGAUGGUUGCUGGGUUCUCUACGGUCUGAUGGGAGGAGCUGAUAUCAGUGGACCCCUCUUGUCAAAGUUACUUUUUAAACGAGGAAGUCUGAUCACUACUCUGCUGAGACCUAGGGACAAAAAGUACAAGCAAAUGCUGGUGGAAGCUUUCACAGAGCAAAUUCUGCCCCACUUCUCCAAGGAAGGCCCCCAACGUCUUCUGCCUGUUCUGGACAGAGUCUACCCGGUGGCUGAAAUCCAAGCAGCCCAUGAGUACCUGGAAGCCAACAAGAACACGGGCAAGAUCGUUCUGGAGUUGCCCCAGUGAGAGAGGAGGACAGUGACAGGUCAGGCCACCUCAGGCCUUCCCAGAGCAGACGCGGGGCAGGCUGACCCAGGUUGGCCUAGUGAAUUAGUCCAUGUAAAGCUGAUCCAAGCAAAUAAAGAGUGGAUUAGAAGGGCGGUGUGCUCAGCCGUGGGCUGCUGGGACGGCAGGCGGGGUGAGG